GCCAGCCAGCGUGAGUCACAGCCCACACAGGCCCCCUACAGAUGAAGGUGACAACUGUUUGACCAUCAGGGCUGGGCUGAGACCUACAUCCCUGAGGCAUGGCUCCAGCACUCUGAUUCCUGGGCCCCAGCCAUGCUGCUGAGGGCGAGUGGCCCAGCUUACCAUCGUCCUCCACCCUCAGGGGCAGCACCAGACACCACCCAACAAGCAGAAGGCUCUAGACUGCAGUAACUGGGUUCGUCAUUGGUGCUGGGAGUGAGGCCAUUCUCCAGAGGUGUAAUUUCUUUAGGCCUCCAGGAUGGCCAUCCAGUUCCGUUCACUUUUCCCCUUGGCAUUGCCUGGAAUGCUAGCAGUCCUCGGCUGGUGGUGGUUUUUCUCUCGUAAAAGGCAUGUCAGCAGCCAGGACAGACAGGUGGAGGCCAGCGCUAUGGAGCUGAGGGCUGGCUGUACCAUCAGAGAGCCACGCCCCAGGGAGAACCUCUGUCCUGGAGUAGUGUCCACGCCCCCCAACGUCGGACUGCUGGCGGAAAAGGAGCCGUCUACCGUGAGCAAGCCUCCCGCAGAGCCCCCAGCCUUGCUGCGGCCACAUCCAACCUGUCGCAGGUCCGAGUCCUCAGGCAGCCUUCCUAACACCACGGACACGAGAUUUCGACCAGGAACACGCAGAGAUGACAGUGCAAAGGUGGAACUAGCCCUAACGGGUGAUGAAGCUGGGUCCGUUCCUCCAGAGUGUCCCCUCCCGACCCCAAAGAGUGUUCCUUUUGCCCACGAAGUGGCCGAGGUGUGCAAGCGAGAGUCCCCGUUCAGUGCGACGGGAGGGGGGGGCUGGCAGGGCCAGGCUGCGGCCCCCCAAGAGAAGCCAAGAGAGACGGGGGGGACCGAAGGCACCGGUGACGCAGCGUCAGGAGAAGGCGUGCUGGAAGAGGGUGUGCAGUCCCCGGAGCCCGACUCUGAAUCGGACAGCAGCAAGGCGCCCAGCCCCGCUCCCUCGGGAGCAGUGGGGGAGAGCGGGAAGGUCAGCCCACCGCAGACGGAGGAGGAGGAGGAGGCAGUGGGGAAGCUGCUGAGCAGCCUCAUCGAAUCGGCUCACACGGAGCUGAUGGAGGAUGACGAGCUGCUGGUGCCACGGGUCAGCGGCGGAGCCUGCCACGCAGAUGGCACAGGGGGGCCAGGCCAAGAGACAGUGGAGCAAAAUGAGAAGAUCGAGCAGGCUGCCUACCAGAUCAUCUCCAGAGUGAUCUUGGAGGCAACUGAAGAGGUGCUGGCCACCACCGUGGGCAGGAUUGCAGAUCGGGUGUAUCAGGCUUCAGCUGGUCAGCUCCAAGGGCAGGAGGAGAGCUGUGUGCCGGUCUGCCAGAAAUCUGCCCCGGGGCAAGAUGCUGAGGAGCCUGCUCCAGCCACCAAGGAGGCAGAGGCAGCCUCCGCCGCAGAUGCCACACUCCCCUUGCCACACCUGCCUGCAGAGGACCUGCCACCACCAAAGACCUACAGGAGCUGCCUGAGCAGCCCUCUGUCCAGCCCCACCAAGGACAGGAAGCCAAAGAACUCCGCACACCACAUCUCCCUGGCGCCUUGCCCACCUCCAGCCGUCCCCCAGGGAGAGUCGCUAGAUGAAGCCCGAGUCCUGGUGGAAAAUGCCGGAUGCAUCCCCUGCACUUCUGACACCAGCCAGGAGGCCCCUUCAGUGGCCUCUGAGCAGUGCUCAGAUUCCAUCAGCACUUCGGGGCUUGAAGACUCGUGUAUAGACACCAACUCAAGCCCCAGGAGCAAGGCCGUCUCCCCGCCACCGCUGCUAGAAAGUACUGUACCCUUCAGCAAUGGGGUGCUGAAGGGGGAGCUAUCAGACUUGGGGAAUGAGGAUAGAUGGACCGUGGAUGCAGAAGCAGAUCAUUCGGGAGGCUCGGACGGGAACAGCAUGGACUCAGUGGAUGGCUGCUGUGGCCCCAGGAAGACUGACAGUUUCCAGAACGCCCAAGCAGGCUCCAGUCCUAAGAAGGUGGACCUCAUCAUCUGGGAGAUUGAGGUGCCCAAGCACUUAGUUGGUCGGCUAAUUGGCAAGCAGGGGCGGUAUGUGAGUUUUCUGAAGCAAACAUCUGGUGCCAAGAUCUACAUCUCAACCCUGCCUUACACCCAGAACAUCCAGAUCUGCCACAUAGAAGGUUCUCAGCAUCAUGUAGACAAAGCACUGAACUUGAUUGGGAAGAAGUUCAAAGAACUGAACCUCACCAAUAUCUACGCUCCCCCCCUGCCGUCACUGGCACUGCCUUCUCUUCCAAUGACUUCCUGGCUCAUGCUCCCUGAUGGCAUCACUGUGGAGGUGAUCGUGGUCAACCAGGUCAAUGCCGGGCACCUGUUCGUGCAGCAGCACACGCACCCUACCUUCCAUGCACUGCGUAGCCUGGACCAGCAGAUGUACCUGUGUUACUCGCAGCCCGGAAUCCCCACCUUGCCCACCCCGGUGGAAAUAACGGUCAUCUGCGCUGCCCCUGGCGUGGACGGUGCUUGGUGGCGAGCCCAAGUGGUGGCCUCCUAUGAGGAAAGCAAUGAAGUGGAGAUCCGCUACGUGGACUACGGUGGAUAUAAGAGAGUGAAAGUGGACGUGCUCCGGCAGAUCCGAUCUGACUUUGUGACUCUGCCAUUCCAGGGAGCAGAGGUUCUUCUGGACAGCGUGAUGCCCUUGUCAGAUGAUGACCACUUUUCACCUGAAGCGGAUGCAGCCAUGAGCGAGAUGACCGGAAACACAGCGCUGCUGGCUCAGGUGACAAGUUACAGUCCAACUGGCCUUCCUCUAAUUCAGCUAUGGAGUGUGGUUGGAAAUGAAGCGGUGUUGAUAAACCGGUCGCUGGUGGAGCGAGGCCUUGCUCAGUGGGUAGACAGCUACUACGCGAGCCUCUGACCCCCGUCUCCCACAGACGCUUCUGGAGUCUUUAUGCACUGUUGAAACCAGGCUUGGCGCUGAGGCAAAGACACUACAUCAGAAUAACAAACGUUAUCUUCCCCAGAAAGUCGUCUUUUUUUUUCUCCCCCCCCACAUUGUAGUCAUGUUGAGAAGUCUCCUCUUUCAGACAAGGAAGGAACCAUGGGUUCUUUCAAAGCCAUAGGAUGGUGUUUAACAAGCCAGUCAGUUUAGGCUGGUUCCAAGCCUUUAAAAAAAAAAAAAAAAAAGUGAAAGUAAAACUCUCAACCAGGUUGUCCUUGACCACCUCUGUUCCCAUCUUCCUUCUUACCUGCUCCCCUCACUCAGAACCAAACCAACCGCAGCAGACGGACCAAGGGAUGUGUUGCCUGAGAGGGUUUCUUUUCCUUCAAAAUCUUUCUUCAGGGAGCAAGACAUGAAAUCACUAAUUGGUAUUGAUUACUUGUACAGCUUACGUCAACAAAUUUAUGAUGUUUGGCCAGUUUUUAUAAACUUCAUCUAGGUCUCUAGGAAGGCAGACUUUUUAAUGCAUAUGUAAAUACGAAGCAGUCAGAUCUCCGGCCUUGGUCCGUGGGGGGGCGGGGGCGGGGAAGGGUUAUCUUGCCAAGCCUGGUUGUAAUUUGUAACCAUUUUCUAUUUGUGCAAACUCUGUAAAUAUAUGUUUAAAAAAAUGUAAUAUUUUGUAUAAGAUACACUGGAGAACAAAGGGAACUCAAGAUUUUUCCACACCCCACAUGAUCAGUGAGCUACCCCUGCGGGCUCCUGUGGCUUCCAGCACACUGGACAGGGUGACUGUAGGGUAUAGAUUGUGAGCUGGGAUUUUUUUUUUUUUUCCUGUACAAAUUUGUUAAAAAAAAAAAAAAAAUCAACUCAUUUGAAUUACCUUCCCGUGGUGUGUUUGAUUCUUUUUUUAGACUGACUUUUAGCAUUGGGCUGACAUAAGAAAGUAACUUAAUAUAAAUCUUGAACUGUGUACAUUGUAGCUUUGAGUCCAUUUCUUCCAGGGUGAGAGGGUUGGGGUGGGGAGUGAGGUGGUGCUGAGUGUGGAGGGGCCCCAUCUAGAGGAGCCCCUUUAGCCAGAAACUUCCAUUUUUUCCCUCUCCUUGCCCCACAAGGUGGCAGCCAAGCUUCCCUCUGGCUUCCCCUAGUGAGUGUCUCAGAUAGCCAGGCCUGAGUUUAAAGCACUGAUUUCCACAAUUCCUUGGGCGUUCUCAAUAGAUCUUUGAAGUUAUGUCAUCUGUUGCGGUGGUAGGAGCAAUAUAUGCCUACAUGGGGAGAGCAGAGUGAAGUUUUGAUUUUUUAAAGAUUUAUUAUUUUUUAAGAUUUUUAUUUAUUUGACAGUGAGAGCAGGAACACAGCAGGGGGAGUGGGAGAGGGAGAAGCAGGCCUCCCGCAGAGCAGGGAGCCCGAUGUGGGACUUGAUCCCAGGACCCUGGGAUCAUGACCUGAGCCCAAGGCAGACGCUUAACACCUGAGCCACCCAGGCGCCCCUAAAGAUUUUACAAAGAGUAUGUGCUUACAGGAGGGAUGGGCAGGGGAAGAGGGGGAGAGAGAGAGAAAGGAUCUUAAGUAGAUGCCCCACUGAGCACGGACCCCAAUAUGGGGCUCGAGAUUAUGACCUGAGUGGAAAUCAAGGGUCUGAUGCUUGACUGAUUGAGCCACCCAGGUGCCCCAGAAUAACGUUUUGAUUUAACAGACCCUCCAGGGCAAAGGCAGACUCGGGCCCUUUGGCCUGUGUCUCGGAGCUUACCGCUCCCCCCCCCCCCCGCCCGCCCCGCACCUGGGUUUCUGGAGAGUGGAGGCUGCCCAAGGUUCCUUCACACUGAAGGAAUCCUCCCACAGAGCUGCAGCCACUCUCCCGGGCCGUGGGUAACGAGUGGUUAACAGCCCGUUUCCCUCACCUGUAGGAUCAGAUCAUGGGACCAACCUCAAGGCAAUGAAGGAAAAUCAUGGGAGUGUCCCCUGCUCGUACGGAGCUUGGCCCAAGGCAAGCUCUUAUGGGGUCGUAGCUGAAGUCAUCCUAAGUUCCAGCAGUAAUUGGCUGUGACAUUGGCCAGCUUGGGUUACACCCAGUCUCAGCUUUUUCUGUACAACUCUGUAUCAGCUGGAGCAGACAAGGGUGUGUGGGAGCCUUCAAGCCAGUUUGGGGGAAGUCGCAAAGCCUGGUGCGCAGAUUUGGCCUUCGGGAGCUAUUGAAAGGUUUUGGUGGAGGGGGCCGCAGAAUUCUGGUGCCUGGUGGGGGACAGGGUGGUCCAGACCAGAUGAGGGCUUCCAGUGAGACGGCUCCUGGGGGCACGGGUCAGGAUCCCUUUGACGAGGCCCCCAGGACUGGGGGAGGUGGGCAGUGGGGAUGAGGAGGCGGGCUGUUCAGGGCUUAUGGUCUUAGCCUUCAGGGAUGGGUCCCUUUAAGGAGGUUUUGAAAGAUGGGAGUAAAGUGAGUUUAGAGGUUGGCGAAGGUCAUGUACUCUUUGAAUUAACCCUUCUUAGAUUACAGAGUUCGGAAAAAGUUGAUUUUGACCAUUUUGCUGGUAAUCUUGUUCUUAUGGAGGGGUAGGUUUAGGGAGGUCCUCACUCCCCCAUUCUGGACGUCAGUACUCUGGGCCAGUGUAUUUUAGACAUCUGCUCGAGUUAACUGGGCCAUCCAGGGGGCUGGUUUAAGUAUGACUUUGAAAACUCAUGGUGCUGGAGGGAGACUUGGUCACCUGCCCUGGGAUAUGGGGGAGACAGGUGGAAUGCUGGGUGCAGGAGGCUAGAGCUUCCAACCUGUUCUUACUACAGGUGUUUAUUUCAACUGCUUCCCCUCUGGUCCUCGGGGCCCUGCCAAGUGGGGCUGUUCCCAGUGGGGUGUCAGCAUGGGGGCUGGGGCCCGGGUUACUGAUACGCCUGGUACAGCCUCUUGCAUGCCCCUUAACCAUCACGGGCUUAAGAUAAAUCAAGAUGAGUAGCUGGAGUGAUGGAGAGCUUAUUGUGUCAAGACAGUGUGCCGUUUUGGAGGAGAUACUUGGUCCUCGUGAGACCCCAGUCAGAAGCUGACCCUGGAAAUAGAUGGUGACUUAGAAAGUGGUUUGCAGUUGGACACUCAAAGCCAGGCUCUUGUCCCAAGGCAGGUCGCAACCACAGCUACUCUGAAGUAACGUGAGAACUGAUCAUGCUUUGUUCCGCAUCCCCAUGUAAAGACUACGGUCGUUAAAUCAUCAGCCUGCGAAACAGUCUUAACAACUGAGAAUGGGGAAAACACCAUGGCAGGAGGUGAUCAAUCAUUUUGCUUAUAUGGGAGAUUAAAAUUUGAGAGAAAUGUAAAUAAAGCCAGGAAGAACACGUAGCAUCUAGGCCAGAGUGGUUUUGUUCUUUGAUGAUCUAAAAAGGAAAAAAAAUCUCCACUGGGAAAGGUCAUCAGGGAUAUGGACAGAAAAGAGAACAUCUGGAUUGUUUCUACACCAGCACUGUCCAGUAGAAACGUGAGCCACGUGUGUAAUUUAAAAUUUUCUAGGAGCCUCAAUAGAAAGGAAAAAACCAGGUGAGACUGAUUUUAGUAGUUUGUUUAACCUAACAUUUCAACAUGUAAUGCACAUUGGAAAUAUCAAUGAGAUUUUAUAGUAUUUUUCAUACUAAGUCUUGGGGAAUCCUAUGUGUAUAUUUUACACUUCCAGCCUGUCUUUGCUGACUAAUCACGGCUCAGGUGCUCAGGCGGCGACCUUGUUGGGUACCAGCCUCCCACCGAUCAACAUUAUACCAGUACUGACGGCCUUAUGUUGGUGUGUGUCCUUAUCUUAUUCAAAAAGCUCUAGGUUCCUUUGCACAUUUAUUUUUCCAGAUGACCUUUAGCAUGAUUUUUUUUUGAGAGGCAAUCAUGGUGAAUGUUUUACCAACAUUUGGAAAAAAUAAUGCAUGUUGUUGGUUUGUUAUAAAGUUUUAUGUAAUAUAUUAAAUUGAGCUUAUAAAUUA